GAAGCUGCCGAGACUCGAGAGCAUAGGAGUUGUGGGAGGCAAAGUGGGCCACAAUGAUUGAGGUGGAAUGCAACGACCGUCUAGGAAAGAAAGUUCGCAUUAAGUGCAACACCGAUGACACCAUCGGGGACUUGAAGAAACUGAUAGCGGCCCAAACUGGCACCCGUUGGAAUAAGAUCGUUCUUAAAAAGUGGUACACGAUUUUUAAGGACCACAUGUCUCUGGGAGACUAUGAAAUCCAUGAUGGGAUGAGCCUGGAGCUUUAUUACCAAUAGAGGGAAGUCCUCCACCUGGCCCUCCCU